AUGCAUCAGCGAACGCUUUUGUGUUUACUUUUUAGCAAGCCCAUAACACAGGGUUACAUCGCGCAGCUUCCGCAGCCGUCCCCAACACGCCGCUGUACGUCUUGGCGCAGGGCUUUUGAGUCCAAUGAUGAGGUGCGGCAGAUGUACACUCCCGACGCGGAGCGCUACGAGGAGUGGUACAAAGCAACGUACUCCAUUGAAGAUCUUAGCGACGGAUCUGCCGCGUCCGGGGCGACGUCGAAUAGGCGUUUAGACGAUACGAAAAACAUGGAAUUCAGCAUCUCUCUGGAUGACCUUCGCGCUGUCGAAGAAGAGAUGGAGUUGUGCUCCGAGCAAUUCAACCACAAUACCUUGGUGCGUUGA